UCCCGCUGCAGGGCAGCUUGUCUAGUCCCCCAGGCCGCCCAGGGCAAUGCCCGCAUGGAGGGUGGGGGUGCCCAACCCAUUCCCAGGUCUCCCGCCCUACGGUGGGCAUCUGCCUACAGCUAUGGCCUUGUCUCCCCAGGUCUUGGGACCUGGGGUCCUGCUGGAGUUCUGCGUUGGAGGGUCGCACCUCAGUUGUGGGGCCCAGAAGUGCCUGAGGUCACAGAGCCCAGCCGCCUGGUGGGGGAGAGCUCCGGGGGAGAAGUCCGGAAGCAGCAGUUGGACACCAGGGUCCGCCAGGAGCCACCCGGUGGCCCCCCUGUCCACCUGGCCCAGGUGAGUUUCGUCAUCCCAGCCUUCAACUCCAACUUCACUCUGGACCUGGAGCUGAACCAUCACCUCCUCUCCUCCAAAUACGUGGAGCGCCAUUUCAGCCGCGAGGGGACAACCCAGCGUAGCACGGGGGCGGGAGACCACUGCUAUUACCAGGGGCGGCUCCGAGGGAACCCCCACUCCUUUGCUGCUCUCUCCACCUGCCAAGGGCUGCAUGGGGUCUUCUCCGACGGGAAUUUCACCUACAUCGUGGAGCCCAGAGAGAUGGCCGGGCCUCGGGAAGCCCCCCGGGGACCACAUCCCCACCUCAUUUACCGGACCCCGCUCCUCCCAGCCCCCAUUGGAUGCAGGGAACCAGACUGCCUGUUCGCCGCCCCGGUCCAUUCUGCUCCUCCGGACCGGCCGAGGCUGAGAAGGAAAAGGCAGGUCCGCCGGGGCCACCCUACAGUGCACAGUGAGACCAAGUAUGUGGAGCUGAUCGUGAUCAACGACCACCAGCUGGUAAGUUCCCAGGCUGCGGGCGACUCCGGGGGGAGGCCGGAAUCCGUGGUGAACCUGGCCGAUGUGAUGUACAAGGAACAGCUCAAUACCCGGAUAGUGCUGGUUGCCAUGGAAACGUGGGCAGACGGGGACAAGAUCCAGGUGCAGGAUGACCUCCUGGAGACCCUGGCCCGUCUCAUGGUCUAUCGGCGGGAAGGCCUGCCUGAGCCCAGCGAUGCCACCCACCUCUUCUCGGGCAGGACUUUCCAGAGCACCAGUAGUGGGGCUGCCUACGUGGGAGGCAUCUGCUCUCUGUCCAGGGGUGGGGGUGUGAAUGAGUACGACAAUAUGGGGGCCAUGGCAGUGACCCUGGCCCAGACGCUGGGGCAAAACCUGGGCAUGAUGUGGAAUAAACACCGGAGCUCAGCAGGGGACUGCAAGUGUCCGGACAACUGGCUGGGCUGCAUCAUGGAGGACACUGGGUUCUACCUGCCCCGCAAGUUCUCGCGCUGCAGCAUCGAUGAGUACAACCAGUUUCUGCAGGAGGGCGGCGGGAGCUGCCUCUUCAACAAGCCCCUCAAGCUGCUGGACCCCCCUGAGUGCGGAAACGGCUUCGUGGAGGCAGGGGAGGAGUGCGAUUGCGGUUCUGUACAGGAGUGCAGCCGAGCGGGCGGGAACUGUUGCAAGAAGUGCACCCUGACUCACGACGCCAUGUGCAGCGACGGGCUCUGCUGUCGCCGCUGCAAGUACGAGCCUCGGGGUGUGUCCUGCCGAGAGGCCGUGAAUGAGUGCGACAUCGCGGAGACCUGCACUGGCGACUCUAGUCAGUGUCCCCCCAACCUACACAAACUGGACGGUUACUACUGUGAUCAUGAACAGGGCCGCUGCUACGGAGGUCGCUGCAAAACCCGGGACCGGCAGUGCCAAGCCCUGUGGGGCCACGUGGCUGCUGAUCGCUUCUGCUAUGAGAAGCUGAACGUGGAGGGGACCGAGCGUGGCAACUGUGGGCGCAAGGGGUCCGGCUGGGCCCAGUGCAAUAAGCAGGACGUGCUCUGUGGCUUCCUCCUCUGCGUCAAUAUCUCCGGAGCUCCUCGGCUGGGGGACCUGGGAGGAGACAUCAGCAGUGUCACCUUCUACCACCAGGGCAAGGAGCUGGACUGCAGGGGUGGCCAUGUGCAGCUGGCCGAUGGCUCAGACCUGAGCUACGUGGAGGACGGCACAGCCUGUGGGCCCAACAUGCUGUGCCUCGAUCAUCGCUGCCUGCCCGCCUCUGCUUUCAACUUCAGCACCUGCCCGGGCAGUGGGGAGCGCCGCAUCUGCUCCCACCACGGGGUCUGCAGCAACGAAGGGAAGUGCAUCUGCCAGCCAGAUUGGACGGGCAAAGACUGCAGUAUUCACAACCCCCUGCCGACAUCUCCGCCCACGGGGGAGACGGAGAAAUAUAAGGGUCCCAGCGGCACCAACAUCAUCAUUGGCUCCAUCGCCGGGGCUGUCCUGGUUGCAGCCAUCGUCCUGGGCGGCACAGGCUGGGGAUUUAAAAACAUCCGACGAGGAAGGUAUGACCCGACCCAGCAGGGGGCAGUGUGAUGCUGGCCACGUCAUCCCUCCGCUGUCCCUGUCUCCAUCUCAUUUGUCACCUCGCAUUCUGUUGAUGGGAGCUCAGGGCUGCUUCCCCCACCCCCACCGUCACUGCUGUCCCUGCAGGGGUGGGAGAGGAAAGUCCUUAGCCUGCCCUUGCCACUUCCUCUUGCCCAAACAUCCCCUCAGGUCCAUUUGCUCCUGCUCUUCCUAUGGCCACACCACCCCUGGCCAGGGAGACGCUGGAGCUGUGCCCCCAUCCCUCCCCCACCCCCGCUCUCCGCAGCCCCCAUCCCUGGAAGGGAGCCUCCCUCUGCCUCCCAUCUGUUUUGUCUUUCAUGUCACCGCUGUCUGACCUCCUGCCAGCUCCCCUCCCUGGCCAGCCUUUGACUUGCUGCCCCAGGGCCCGGCUUGGGGUGAGGGGAGGGGUCUGUCUCUGGGCCCCCCCUCAUAUGAUGCCCCCAUGCCCCGUCUGCCUUCCAGGUCCGGAGGUGCCUAAGUGCCACCCUCCCUCCGAGCCUGGCGCCCACAUCUCAGCCAUGAGCUAGGAGGCUGCCUCCUCUCAGCCAUGGAGGGAGGCACCAUGCAAUGUCUUCCGGGCCCAAGCCUUCCAACUCCUGGCCCCACGGGGGUGUGGGUGGGGGGCUGUGGCCCUGCCCUUCACACCAUCAGGGUGGACCAUUCAGGGCCAUUGCCCUCGUGGUCCCCCACCCCACCUCAUGUGGCUUUGGCCUUGCACACCACCUCUCCCUGUGUGAAUGUAGCUUCCAUCAUCAGAUUGCCACAGCUCAGGUGGCAAGGGAGGGCUAGAGCAAUGCCCCCAGGGGCAUGGCCUGGCAUGGCCCUUCCUCAAAGCCAGGCAGCUGGGACCGGGUUUUAGCUUUCUGGGACUUGGGGAGAGGGGGCUGACAUCUACUUUAAAA